GGUGUGAGCUCCGCAGCGCCCUCCAGCGGCGACAACUCGCGGCGGAAAACGAGUGCACUGCAGUUGAACGGCGCAUUCGGCGAGAGGUCGGUAAAGCGGUCGAGCCUGCUCGUCGGCGAGCCUCUCCCUCACUCGAGUCCGUGUCCACGUAGAAGUUUCGUCCUCAAAAACCCCCGCGGGUCGAAGGCACGGGAGAAUAAUCGCAGCGCUGCACGCACAGCUCGGAUAUUACCGCGAACGCCGAGGGCUGAGAAAUGGCAACGACAACUUGCACGCGCUUCACCGACGAGUACCAGCUGUACGAAGAACUUGGAAAGGGGGCCUUCUCAGUAGUGCGACGUUGUGUCAAGCUGUGCACGGGCCAAGAGCAUGCUGCCAAAAUCAUCAACACCAAAAAGCUCUCGGCAAGAGAUCACCAGAAGCUGGAACGGGAAGCCCGUAUCUGCCGUCUGCUCAAGCAUCCCAAUAUCGUGCGGCUCCAUGACAGUAUAUCAGAGGAAGGCUUCCAUUACCUCUUAUUUGACCUUGUUACGGGCGGAGAGCUGUUUGAAGACAUCGUAGCCAGAGAAUAUUACAGUGAAGCUGACGCCAGUCACUGCAUCCAGCAGAUCCUGGAGGCGGUGCUUCAUUGUCAUCAAAUGGGCGUGGUGCACCGAGAUCUCAAGCCGGAGAACCUGCUCUUGGCCAGUAAAUGCAAGAACGCCGCCGUCAAGCUGGCCGACUUUGGCCUGGCCAUUGAAGUGCAAGGGGACCAGCAGGCCUGGUUUGGGUUCGCUGGAACGCCAGGUUACCUUUCCCCAGAAGUGCUACGAAAGGAGGCUUAUGGGAAACCUGUGGACAUUUGGGCCUGUGGAGUCAUCCUGUACAUUCUGCUGGUGGGAUAUCCUCCAUUUUGGGAUGAAGACCAGCACAAACUCUACCAACAGAUCAAAGCUGGGGCUUACGACUUCCCCUCUCCAGAGUGGGACACGGUCACCCCUGAAGCCAAAAACCUCAUCAAUCAGAUGUUGACCAUCAAUCCAGCUAAGAGAAUAACUGCCCAGGAGGCUCUGAAACACCCGUGGGUCUGCCAACGUUCCACUGUGGCGUCCAUGAUGCACAGACAGGAAACAGUCGAGUGCCUGAAGAAGUUCAACGCAAGAAGGAAACUCAAGGGAGCCAUCUUGACCACCAUGCUGGUGUCGCGCAAUUUCUCUGUGGGCAGGCAGACCACGGCUCCCGCCUCCGUCUCUGCAGCCGCCGCUGCGGCCGGUACCACCGCCGGUCUGGUGGAACAAGCAGCCAAGAGCCUGCUCAACAAGAAGGCCGAUGUCAAGCCACAGUCAAACAGUGCCAAAAACAGCAUAGUCACCAGUCCCAAAGGAAACGUCCCUUCUCCUGCUCUGGAGCCUCAGACCACUGUUAUCCAUAACCCAGUGGAUGGGAUCAAGGAAUCUUCAGACAGCAGCAACACCACCAUUGAGGAUGAAGACGUCAAAGGGAAAAGCCUAGAUAGCAGUUCAGUAAAAGCCCCCUCUGAAGUCAGCCAAUCACCUCCGGGCUCCGCCCCCGCCAUCUUCUCUACCAAGCUGACCGACAUCCUGGGCUGCGCUCGUAGGGGCUCUGGACCCUCGGCCGUGGCUGACAGUGAAGCAGCUGCCCACUCCGCACAGUCCCCUCCGCAGACCCCCAUCAUGCAGACACGCAAACAGGAAAUCAUCAAGAUUACGGAGCAGCUGAUAGAAGCCAUCAAUAAUGGAGACUUUGACGCCUAUGCGAAAAUCUGUGACCCUGGAUUGACAUCCUUUGAACCCGAGGCUUUGGGGAACCUAGUUGAGGGAAUGGACUUCCAUAGAUUCUACUUUGAGAACUUGCUUUCUAAGAACAGCAAGCCCAUCCACACCACCAUCCUGAACCCUCACGUGCACCUGAUCGGAGAAGACGCCGCCUGCAUCGCCUACAUCCGCCUCACUCAGUUUGUGGAUGGACAGGGCCGGCCGCGCAGCAGCCAGUCGGAGGAGACUCGCGUGUGGCACCGCCGGGACUCCAAAUGGCAGAACGUUCAUUUCCACUGCUCCGGUGCGCCGGCUGCCCCUCUCCAGUGAAGAGGGGCCCUACAACCGAUACAUUAGAUGCGAGUGCCCUUCACGGAGGUGAAGGACAGGGAGGACUGAUAGGACGGCAGCAGAGGUCCAGUGUCGGAGCGCUCCGAACCCUCUAGCCUUCCCACGCUGGACACGGCCGUCCUCCCCUGCAUGCAAUCCGACAGUAAUCUCUCUACCUGCUGGGCUGCUCUCGACACACCUCCACCCAGCACGCUCCCGACCAACCGACCCAACGUCUUUAUGCCAAGACUCACCACCGACGCAAGAGCAGCACCGCAUAUAUUAAUCACUGAGAGCGUUCAUAGACUCCAGGUUCCCGUCUAGAGUUCUAAUAACCCGCACGAUAGCCUUCUUAUCCACGGUCCUUCGCGCUCGUCUUUACUCGCCUUAUGCCCCCUGUGCCCAGGUACUCCCAAAAUACAGUAGAUCACGUUUUAAUAAAAAUAUCAUUAUUAUUACUAUUGUAUUUAUUGUUAUUGUUACUAAUAUUGAUUAUAUAUGAUUAUUACUUCCGUCAGGAUUCUAAGUAUUGCUGUUGUUCUUGAGAUUGUAUAUUUGAUGGUCAAAUUACUGAUGUUUUGUUUUAAAACACUUAUUUUUUCUUUUAUUAUUAUUUUUUUUUUUUUAGCAUGGAUUUACAUUUUUUUUUUUUUUUUUGGUGUUCAAGUAAUCUGAAGUCUAUUUCGGCAGCGCUGUAUAUGUUUGAGUUCACGGCUCGCUGUUAGAAAUAAAAAAAAGCAGCAGCGCACACACGAUUUUGAGAUUCGAAGCUCAUAGUGAAUAUUCUCACAAAUGUGCUGGCGAUCAGAUUUUCUGUCACCGUGAUCAGCGUUUGUAUUAUCAGGUCACCAAUCAGAUCUCUCGGAGGCAGCUGACAUCAUCACAUCAUUGAGAUUCGCCUCGUAUAUAUCUGCAGGUUGCCAAGUUGAAUUUCCUUCAAAAAGAGCUGUUUGUCUCUAAAUCGGAGAGUAAUCUCAUGUAUUGGCCCUCGAUGACCAGCAGCUGAUGUGUCCUUCUUGUUGACAAUCAGUGCUGAUCUGGUUUUAUGUAAGUUUCGGUGGUCCGUAAGACUAGAAAUGUCUGUUUAAGCUCGUCUUUUUUUUCCUCAAGGGAUCUUGUUGAAGGUUUUGAAAGAGUACAGCAUGUUGUUUUUGAGGGCCUUUGCUGUAAAGCAACAGCAGCUAAUUUACUGCUGUUUCCUGGCCAAGUGUGUUUGAGAUUCAAAUAGCCAUUCUGGAUCCUACGGUGAUCAGAAACCUGUGAAUUUGAUCAUUUUUCUACCUUACUCACACAGAUUCACCUCGACUCAGGCACCUACAGCUAUCAUUCUUUGUUUUGUUUUGUUUUUUCUGUACACGCAGGUACUUUUUAUAUAUAAUUUAUGUGGUGUUAAGGCGAUACUGUUUUUUGUGGGUUUUUUUUUUUUUUUUUUUUUUUUUUACGGGUGUGUGUGUGUGUGUGCGCGCGCAUGUGUACGUGUGUGUGGUUUUACAAUACUAUGACAUUGAUAUCCUGAAUGUGAAAGAAUCGUCACUAUAUUAAAGUGUUGCAAGCCAUAUUGCACAGAGCGAGAAUUUCUGGCGGAUUUGUUAGGAUGUUUUUGUAAUUGUUGUCCUUCCGUCUAGCAGAACUGAAAGACAGUCUUAUGUGAAUUGCCUAGGGGGGCUUUAUGACAACUGGUACGGUUCGUUUUUGAUGUCCUGUCAAAAGAUUUCUCUCCUACUGAAUGUGGGCCGCUACCUGAAGCCACAUGACCUUUGUCGAGGCGGCUCAGUGUGUUGAUUUUUAAGGAAUAGUUCACUCAAAAAUAAGGCUUUGAUGAAAAUUUCCUCAUCUAUACCCUCAGGCGAUACAAGACGUUAACUUCUUUAUCCGAACAGAGUUGAAGAAUUUAAGCAUCACAUCAGUUGCGCACCAAAGGGUCCUCUGCAGUGAAUGGGUGCCGUCAGAAUGAGAGUCUAAACAGCUGAUAAAAACAUCGCAACAAUCCACAAGUAAUCCAUUAUUCCAGUCCACAAAGACAUUUAUUUCCAGCAAUCUUGUUUUGUCCAGUUAAAAGGUCAUUUCAUCUGAAUCGGGAGUGAAAUAUGCACCAAUCAAGUAUCAUUUAUAAGUGAAACGAAUAUGCAUUAUGGACUCUUAGUUAAGCCAGAAGCAAUAGAAUAAAGUUAAAACAAAACUUUAUAAAUUAAAAUGUUUUAAUGGAUUUGUUUCUUACAAACACGCAGCUUUUGGUUUCACAAGGCAUUAACUGAUAGACUGGAGUAGUGUGGAUUAUUGCAACCCUGACGGCACCCAUUCACUGCACAGGAUCCAUUGGUGAGCAAGUGUUGUAAUGCUACAUUUCUCCGAAUUCGUACCAAGGAAACAUCUUGGGUGGCCUGAGGGGGAAACACAUUUUUAGGUGAACUAUGCUUUGAAUUUUACCCUGGAAUGUGACUUAUGUUCAUUUUAAUGAGAGUUUCAAACUCUAUGUAAAUGGUGACAAAUAACACAUCUGCCGCAAACAGCAGUCCGCAUGUCAACGAACCGGUGUCAUUUCUUUCUUAUGUGCGUGUUUAGUAUUGCAGACAAUAAUUGAAAAUAAAACCGCUCAACAGAUAGAUAUCUUGUAAAGACUACCGCUGCAUAGUGUUAACUUAUCUUAUAAGUGGAAACUAUUUGCAUGAACUUCAACUUCACAAUAAUACCUUUUGGUGAAAUUUUUUGUUUCAUUGUUUAUUUUAUACUGAAUGCUGGUGAUUCUAUCUAUUUUCUGAGCUUUGUAAGUGCAUAUGACUAUUUUUGUCUAAACAUGAUGACGAUGGUGAUGACCAUCAUGGUAAAACAACUAUUCUGAUUGUACGGCAUGCUUUUGUAAAGGCAUUUGUUGUUGUUUGAGCAGUGUUGGUUGCACCCAUGGAAAAUGUGAAAUAAUGUGUUUAUUAGCUCGGGUUCGCUGCGGUCACACUAGGUCGCGUUAUGCAUGCGUUUUAAUUACGGAAUGGAUCGUGCUUUGGCUGCCAGUCUGCAAAAGGGACCUCGAAUUACGUCUGUGUUCAGUGUCAUUUAAUCGACGACCUUCAUUGUGCUACGCUCAGAUGCUGUUUAAUCCUUUAGCGGGCGCUCUUUACCACAGCGUUCCGGUUAGAAGAAAAGCGUAACGUUAAAAGACCUCCAAAAGUUCACUCACUGUUCUGCUUGAAAACCGAAACACGAUCUUAACGCACUAACAAAUUGUGAAACCUAAACGUGUAUAUGCACCGAAUAACCACCAAUUGAGUGUUUAAUCUGUUAUCAGCGGAGUUCUCCUCCGAACACAAUGGCCUGUAGGUUGAAACAGUUGAAGUGAUGACUAACGUAAUCUAAUCGGGCCACUAAUGGGAUGCCGGUGUGUGUCUGAGUGUGUUACACAUAAGUGAAAGAGUGAAUCAGUAUUGUGUUUCUCUAGUGGUGACGCAUUGCUGCUCUUACAACAUCAAGCCAAUUGCUAUUUGUAGUAUUCACUUUUUCUCCCAAUGUCUUUUGUAAUAUUUUGCUUAAGUUUAAUGGCUUCACAUUUCUCUGAAGAUCAGCCUUCCAACUCUGACCCUUUUUUUUUUUUUUUUUUGUAUAUAAUCUCAAAUCCUGCAACGGGAUGAUGUGGAUUUUAUUCAGAAAUUAGAUCGUUACGAAAUCUUUGUUUCUCCUGAUCAAUAUUCAUAUCUGUUCUUCCACUGUGCUCUCCCUCUUUUUCUCUCUAUGUGUGCUAUAGGAAAUGUAUUAAGAUGUUAUCAGUAUUAUCAAUAAAAAGACUAUGUCAAAUGGUU